CCAGAGAAACAAAUGGCCAAGUUGCUGUGGUCUUGCAAAAUAAAGGAAAUUUGUGUUAGCUACUUGUGAGUGGAUUCUUGCUGACCGGUUACAGCGAAGGCUCUAAGAGAAAAUAUCAGUCUAUCAGCAUCACAGGAGAUUUUUAAUUUUUGUGUUUUUACAAUGUUUUGGCAUAUGCUUCUCUCUGUUAUAGCGUUAGUGAUGGGUGAAAAAGUUUUGUCAAUAUCCAGUCCUAGUCAACUCACAAGAGAAGUGGGACAAGAUGUGGUGUUCAUGAUUAAUAGUACAGCAAUGUCGGAAGCCACAUGGGGAGUACGAGAUGGUGAUACAAAUUACUUGAAUCCAAGACUUUACCGCGUAUUAAGCUCCUUUGGUGAAUUUCCUGACACCAAAAUUAAUUCAACCAGUUAUGCAGGAAGAGUCAGUUUCGUAGGUAAUCUGUCAAAGGGUCAUGCUUGGUUCAAGAUCUCAAACCUUAACAUCAGUGAUACCAAUCAGUACAUGGCACUGAUCAUGCUACAAGGAGAAAAGAGUUACAGAUAUAUUGCUACAAAACUGGAUGUAAUACAACCAGUUCCCACUACAGCUACCAUUACAGUUCCAACUGCAAGUUCAUCACCAACGGGCAUCAUAACACAGGGCCAAACUGCUUUUCCAUCAACUGAACCACCAAUCCUAAAAAACCUAACUACAUCUCUCAAAGUUAAAAGAGAAUUUUCGAAAAGCAUGGAGGAUAGCAAUUCUUUAUCUUUCAGGAAUUUUGCCAAGGAAUUCCAGACUGCGAUUGAACAGGCCUAUAAAAAUGAUAGCAACUUCCAUUACUUUGGUAGUGUAAGAGUCAUUAGUCUCAGGGAAGGUAGCAUCAAUGUCACUUUCAUUGUCUUUUUCACAAGUGGGAUAAAACGUGACAGUGCUUGUGCUCCUCUUGAAAAUGCAAUAAAAGAUGGCAACCUUGGUAACUUUGAAAUUGUCCCUGGCUCAUUAGGGUGCUCUGAUCCAAAGACAUCUACCCCCCGUCCACCAGCUUCUACAACUGGCGUGCAUCCUGGAAUAAUUGCUGGUGUUGUAAUUGUUGGAGUCCUUGCUAUUGCUGGUCUGGUCAUAGCUAUAUUAUUCGUGUGCCGCAAAAAGUCAUCCAAGAAAGCUUAUCGCAGUUCCACAGGACCAGCACCGGGAUAUGAAAUGGAUGCAAGACACGGCGAACCAGAGGAGCAGUAUGCCAGUGUACAAAAACCGGGUGCUUCAGUUCCCAAACAGUCGGGUGACCAAUCAUUACCCCAGUACGCCGUAGUUGACAAAAGCAAGAAAAACAAGAACAAACCUAGGGAGUCUGACGAGCUUGUCUAUGCAGUAUUGGAUCAUGAUCACAAUGCAAGCAUGAGUUCAAGGCCACCAUCAGACCGACGUUCAACUGGUGCAACUGGCGAUACAGUUUAUGCAGACAUUCAAAGUGAGAAAAAGAAACAGCGCUACCCGCCACCACAAUAUGGUAACAUACAGGAUAACAGCUAUGCUUGAAGGUUAACGACUCUAUAUAUCUACUUAUGUAGAAGGGCUUAACAAAUAGGCAACCUGCAACUUGGCCUGCAGUUUUGCAGGAAAAAUAAGCAGGAUGGUUGUUAGCAAUGUCUCGAAAUUGUUUUUU